ACCACAGCGGCACAUGUACCUGCUUUUAUCAUUUUACAAGCACAUAUUUUUUCCGCAACAUCGAUUGAGCCGUAAUUGGUGUUUACCUGUUUAUUUAACUAUUUAUUUUUAAAUAAAAGUCCGUAAUAUAAACUGCAGCUACACAACAAAGAAACGCGGGAUUGUUGACAGGUUAUUAUGGACAUCAUAUUAACGUUGCUAACGUUACUUACUGUUUCUUUCUUUUGUCCGGUUCAGUCAGGUUUGGUGACCUGUGAUGCGAGGCAGUAUCAGUGUGGUAAUGGAAAGUGCAUCACGUUGAGAUGGGUUUGUGAUGAAACCGAUGACUGUGGUGACGGCACGGAUGAACUUCCCGCAGCUUGCUUGGCAAAGACCUGCAAACCCUCUGAAUUUAGCUGUGGUGGGCGACUCAACCAGUGCAUCCCUAAGAGCUGGAAAUGUGAUGGCAAAGCUGACUGUGAGAACAACGCAGAUGAGGAAGCCUGUGAACCUCGGCAGUGUUUGAAUGGGGAAUUUCGCUGCGGUAGCGGUCAGUGCGUGUCCAGAUCGUUCGUGUGUGACGAUGAGGCAGAUUGUGAUGAUGGUAGUGAUGAAGCAUCCUGUCCACCCACAACCUGUGGAUCCAGCUCCUUUAGGUGUAGCAACACGCAGUGUGUUCCUCGACUUUGGGUCUGCGAUGGAGACACCGACUGUUCGGACGGCUCAGACGAAGCGCCGCAGAAUUGUGGUGCGGGGUCAUCGACGGUGCCCAGAAAUCCCUGCCUUUCUAUGGAAUUCCUUUGCGGCAGCGGCGAAUGCAUUCACAGUAACUGGAAAUGCGACGGUGGAGCGGAUUGUUUGGAUCGAUCAGAUGAAAAAAACUGCUCUUUGGCCACAUGCCGACUGGAUGAGUUUCAAUGCGGUGAUGGAUCUUGCAUCCACGGUAGCCGUCAGUGCAACCAAGUUUACGACUGUAAAGAUUUAAGCGAUGAGCUGGGCUGUGUUAAUGCGACCCAUUGUAAAGCACCCCAAAAGUUUAAGUGCCGCAGUGGUGAAUGUAUCGACAUGGAGAAGGUUUGCAACAAGCAGCGGGACUGUAGGGAUUGGUCGGAUGAGCCGCUACGAGAGUGUGAUUCGAACGAGUGUCUGUAUAGCAAUGGAGGCUGCUCUCAUAUUUGUAAUGACCUGAAGAUCGGUUACGAGUGCCUGUGUCCCACCGGUUUCCGUCUGGUGGAAAAAAGACGAUGUGAAGAUAUCGAUGAAUGUGAAAAUCCAGACACCUGCAGCCAAAUCUGCGUCAAUCAGGUGGGCAGUUACAAGUGCGAAUGUGAGGAGGGCUACCAGAUGGAUCCUGCCAGCAAGGCUUGCAAAGCUAUUGGAACCAUUGCAUACCUGUUUUUUACCAAUCGGCACGAGGUGAGAAAGAUGACCCUGGAUCGCAGCGAGUACACGCGUGUCAUUCCCAGACUUAAGAACGCUGUGGCCCUGGACAUGAAUGUGGCUUCUAGAGAGAUCUACUGGUCAGAUUUGUCCCUCAAGAAGAUAUAUAGGGCACAAAUGGAUACCGCAGAUAACAGCUCCCAACACAGCGUCGUAAUUGGCAGUGGCUUAGAUGCUCCUGAGGGUCUCGCUAUCGACUGGAUCCAUGGGACGAUCUACUGGACGGAUAGCAUCCAAGGCGCCAUCUCAGUGGCAACUGUGGAUGGAAACAGACGCAAGACGCUCUUCAAAGAAAACCUGGCCAAGCCUCGUGCUAUUGUAGUCGACCCUAUUAAGAACUUCAUUUUCUGGACCGACUGGGGUACACCAGCCAAGAUUGAAAGAGGUGGCCUUAAUGGAGGAGAUCGUACUGCCCUGGUUACUGAUAAUAUUAUCUGGCCCAAUGGAAUAACCCUUGAUCUGCUGAACCAGCGCCUGUACUGGGUGGACUCCAAACUACACACUCUUUCCAGUAUCAGUGUGCAAGGAGGUGGUCGACGUACUCUAAUCAUAGACCAAGGCAAACUCGCCCAUCCUUUGGGUCUUACUGUUUUUGAGGAGAAAGUAUUCUGGACUGAUGUGAGCAACAAUGCGAUUUUGAGCGCAAAUCGUGUGACGGGAAGCGACAUAAGAAAAGUAGCAGAACAUCUCUCAUCUCCGGAAGAUAUUGUCUUGUACCAUAACCUCAAACAACCUAAAGGAAUAAACUGGUGCAAGUUCAACAACGGAGGCUGUGAGUUCUUGUGUCUGGCCGCACCUCAAAUCAAUCAGUUUUCACCCAAGUAUACCUGUGCCUGCCCAGACCACAUGAUGCUGGCCAGAGACAUGAGAAAAUGCAUCCCAGCUGUGGUGACACCAGCAACCCCCAUCAGCCCUGAAAUGUCGACAACGAAUCGUCCUCAAGAACCUUCCAAGACCUCACUGAAACCCUUACUUCCUUCAAAGGCGUCACCGAAACCAUUACUUCCUGUUCCUGUGAUCCCCACCCCAGCUACCCCUGGCAAACCCUCCCAAACCAAUCCUCAGCCUUCCGUAUCUACCCAGACAGAUGAUCAACACAACAGUGAUGUAAAAGCAGCCACAAAAGCAACACCUUCCACUCCGCUGGCCUUGUAUAUUUUAUUACCACUCGUCCUCAUCUGUUUGGCUGCGGUUGGUGCUGUACUGUUCUGGAGAAAGUGGCGGCAGAAAAAUACCAACACCAUUCACUUUGACAACCCGGUUUAUCAAAAGACCACCGAGGACCAGGUGCAUUUAUGUAGGAACCGUAGUUCUGAUGGCUAUUUGUACCCACAGCGGCAGUCUGUGAGUCUUGAUGAUGAAGUUGACAGCGAUGUCCAUGCUGACACUAACAGUGUUUCAGGACUGGUAAAGAGCCAUAUUUAAUGUCUUAGCCAUGCUCGGAGGUCAAAACAAUCAUUUGGGGAACACCGGAGAGUCCACUAAAUCUAAUUUGCUGUGCAAGGCGAUUUGUGACCCUGUCUGUGAAAUCCGGGCUAAAGUUUUAAAAUGGAAUGAUGUCACUCAUUGACAUGACCUAACUCGGUUAAUGUUAAAGAUAUCAAGGUUAUAUUUUCACACAAUGUUCUUUACAUUAUGUAGGAUUACUUUAUAAAGAGAAUAUUUAAUCAAUAAAAAGACUUCAGCUGGGUUUUAACAGGCAGGGUCACGUACUUGAUGCAAAAACAAUCCAGGACUGCCAGUUUACCUCAAACAACAACAACCUCAUCUUAGCACUUCCCUAUAUGUAAAUAAUAAAAUUAGACUAUAUAUACCUGUUUAUAUAUAGUGAUAUCUUUUAAGAGUACUUAGGUUUUAUUUUCACGAGGUAUACAAAGAUUCAUGUAUAUAUUGUAUUGUAUUGGCGUAUUUUACAAAAGAAUUAAUUUGAAUUGUUUAGUUAUUAAAUUAAUUUAUUUUUAAAAAUGCAAAUAUGGGAAGUAUUUUUAGCAAUGAUCAAAAGUGGAUAUUUUGCACAUAUUUUUAUAUGAUGCAUUAGUGCAUCAUUAAUCUAAUACAUGAAUAUAAUAUAAUGGAUUUUUUCUAAUUAAAAUAGAUAGCAAGCAAAUAAUGGCAUUAAUGUCAGAUUGUUUAAAUUACUAGAUCACAGGAUAAUGCAGUUUAGAGCUGAUGAUGAUGAUAUUUGUGUCCCAGGAUCACAAAACCAGUCAUAAGUCGCACGGGUAUAUUAGUAGCAAUAACCACCCAUACAUUGUAUGGGUCAAAAUUAUUAAUUUUUUAUGCCAAAAAUCAUUAGGAUAUUAAGAUCAUGUUACAUAAAGAUAUUUUGUAAAUUUCCUACCAUAAAUAUCAUUUAUCAUUAGUAAUAUGCAUUGCUAGGGACUUCAUUUGAACAACUUUAAAGGCGAUUCUCAAUGGAAAGCUUAUUUAAUCAACUAUCAAAUGAUCUCAAAUCUCAAUUUUUAACUAAUUUACCCAUAUAACUGCAUGGUUUUGUGGUCCAGCGUAUGUAGUGUACAAGGUUUCUACCUAAAAAUCUUUCGUCAUAAAAACAUUUUCAUGUGUGGUCAACAAGCAGGUGAUCAACUUUUUGUUUUUAUUUUUCGUUUUUAAAAUGGUCAGUGUUUGAAUUGAAAGCAAUGGUUUACAAUGAGAUAAAGAAGGACUUUAAAUCUAUCCACCAAUCAGCAUCUGACUAUUAAAAGCUCUGUAGUGUUCAAGUUUUUUUCAAAUUUGCAGUAUAUAUGUUUUUAUUCAUCGCAAUUAUAGUUUCUCAUCUUUAAAGCUGUGUAUUACUUAUAAUAGUUGACCAUGAUUUUACUGUGGUAACACUACAUUUAAUAACUGUGGUAUUGUGGUGGAAAUGUGAAAUUUUCCUAGUGAAUCCUCCGUGUUGGGAUUGAGGGAAUGUACAUUUUUAUAUUACAAGUAUUCAAUACACUGUCCGAAAAAAUGGUCAAAAUAUGUACCCUAGCUGUAACUGGGCCAGUACCCUUUCAAAAAGUACACUAUUGUACUGAAAGAGUUCAUUAUACAUUACAUAUUGGUACCAAAUGUUAACAUAUCUGUGCCUAAUGGUACAUAUUGAGAGGGUACAUAUUUUAACCAUUCUCUACAAAACAGUGUUGUUGUGGUUUUAAAAUAUGUAGGGAUUUGUUUUUGUUUAUCAAAACAAAAAUGAAGUUUGAUGUUGAGUUUGAAGAAGCAUCCAUUGUUUUGAUAAUCACAGAUAAACUAUGAAGAUUACAGAUAAAGUCCAUAUGGACAUGCCUGUCACUGGAGUUGUGAUUGUGAUUAUUUGUGUAUUUAUUUGUAUUGAGUUGUUAGGUAAAUAAGAUCAUCAGUCUGUUUAUGUUUCCAGGCAAUUGCUUUACAUUCUCCAUACAAAUGUGUAAAUAUUGUAUUAAAAUGUGUAAAUAUGUUACUUAUUAUCUCCACUUUGUAUUUGUAUCUGCUAUUGUAUAUAAAGAAAUGUUUGUAUUUAUUUUGAAAUCAAAAUCUGUGGUUGAUAAUUGCCUUUCAUUUCUGUGUACGACGUUGUUUAUGAUGUAUGUUUUUUGUACAUUCUGAUUCAUUGGUGAAGUUUAACAUAUUGUUGAUGGAUUUGUAUAGUACUGAUGAUUUUUCUGUUAAACCAAUCAACAUUGUUUUUCAACUGUGAAUUAUCUUCACCUGAAAUAAACAUUUUGAAUAGUUUAA